GUCUGUGCUAGCUUUACUUCGACUUUCAAUUUGUUUGGCGGAAAAAUGGAUUACGAUCAAAGAACUUUAGAGGAUAUAAAUACAGUUUUGGAAUAUGCAAAACUGGAAGCAUGUGAUGUUAAACCAACGGUCCAGUGUAUUUAUUUUUCUGAUCAACUUGACAAUCAGUCAUUCAAACUUUUGGAGGUUAAUGACACAGUGCUGGAAACUCUUACAAAUGGAGACAGGGUUGUGAUUCGCGGAAACUCUGAAGACAUGGCUGUGCUUUGCACAAAAGCAGCUACUUUUGAAAUGAAGGAGGCGGAGAUUUCUAAUUCUAUGUUAAUUGUUCCUCAACUAGACAUUGGUCAGGAUGUGAAAGAAUCAUGUCCACAGAACCUGAAGGUUUCAAAAGUGAUAUCGGUGAUGAAUAACUACUAUGAACUGCGACCAUGUAAACCAAGAGUAGCGAAACUGAAGAAACUGUUAGAAGAGAAUAUGUAUAGCGGUAAAGAGUGUGAGAAAGAUGACCAACACCAGGGUCACAAGUAUUCAUUUGAGGAUUUGCUGAACUUAGUCCAAGGAAGUGAAACAGAAAUUAAAGAAUCUCUGAAGAAACUACAGGCUUGCCAAAUAGAAGGGUUGUGGCGUGUGUUAGACUUUGAUUUCCUGACUCUGGUAUUGAACCACAUCAUACAGCUUUGUGAGGAGAAUGAUUGGCUGUCUACAGGCAUUCCGCUAGAUGAGUGCUGUGAAACUCUGCAAGAACUCUUCCCAAGGGAAAUCAUUACUCAUGUGAUACAGUCUUAUGCUGAUGAAAUGAAAUCAGGACAAGGAGACCAGGAUCCAGAGGACCUGCCUAUGGAAAUUGAUGCCAAGUUUUAUUCCCUCAAUGAAGACAAAAUCUGUAAAUUUUCUGCAGAGUUAAUUUUAAGAAAUUCAGGAAAGUUUAACUUUAAAGAAUUUCUGAACGUAUGGGAGCAGACAGUUCCACAAGGCAUGAAGACCAGUUUAUCACACUUAGAGGGAAUGGCUCUGAUUGACAAAAACAGUGUGCCAGAGGUCAUAUGGUAUUUUCCAGUGGAUGAUUUGCCAGAGGAUGUAGGAGAAAGGUUCAACACUCUGUUUAAGACUCGAGAUAAGUGGUCUUUAGCAGAGAUUACACCUUACAUCAGAGAUUUAACAACAAACAAAGUGGAUGUCGGUGGUUUACUUACAAAAUAUGCAAGAGCUUCCAUGAUGAGUGGCAUCAAAGUUUUUAGCUCUCGGAAACCUGUUACAUGAUAUCUGAUUUAUGUACAUGUAUUGAUAAUUUAUGUACGUUAUACAUGUAUUGAUAACUUGACAGUGCACUGAUUUGUACAAGUUUGAUUUGUUGAAAUUAAAUAAGUCUUCCAUAUU